AUGGGACAAGAGCAAUCCGCCGUGCUGCAGUCCCCCGGCUUAACAGCAGCAGAAGCGCGUUUGCGCCCAACUGCCAAAAAGGAGACAAGACGAGCAGCAAGAACUUUGAAGCGGUCAGCGCCAGACCGAUUUAUGGGCCUGGCGAACGUGAAGGACCACAUAAAGCCAAUAAGAGAAAAAGAAGAAAAGAAAAAAGAAGAAGAAACUUUUGAAGGAAUUUUUGAUCUUGCGAAGCAGCUCAAAGAGGAAAAAAAGAAAAAAGAGGAGGAGUUGGCGCUUUCAGUGUUGGAGCUUCCGGAAGCUUUCGAAGAACCUUUAAGUUCCGAAGAAGAAGAAGAAGAAGACAGAGGAGUUUUCCACAAAGAUGUUUCUCUUUUGAAACAAACUAACGACAUCUUCCAAGCCGCUUCCCACCCCGUCGCCAUCGAAGGAGAAGUGGCAGUUGGCUCCAUUCUAACCUUCAGAGAUGACUCUCCCUACAGCAGGGAGUUUUGUGUUUACAAAAUAGAAUGUUGCUGCCUGCUGCUUGCUCAAAGAGCUUCUCUCCGAGACACUGAGUUGGCGAUAGCAGAGGACGGGGUGUACGACCAGCACAUUGGCAACUACCGGCGGAGAACAGGCGUUGCUGCUGCUGCUGCUGCUGCUGCUGCAGCAGCAGCAGCAGCAGCAGGCGCAGCAGCAGCAGGCAAACCAGCAGCAGCAGCAAGUGCUGCAGCAGAAGUCGUUUCCUCCUGCAUCGGGGGCCCAGUGCUGCUGGCAGCAGAUGUGGGGCUUACAAUUCUUAAGGCCCUUGCGAGGGGAGGGUUUAGCUGCGCAGUCAAACUCAGAGACGUCCUCGACGACGACUGGCAGGGCAGUGCCUCUAGAAAAAGACCCAGUGAGAGCCGCAAAAGCCAAAGCGUGCUGGAGCUGCGUUAUCCGAAAGACUUUAUAAGUUUUGAUGAAAAUGGAAGAAUUAAAAUAAAUAAAAUUAAAGAUCCUGCUGCGUCCGAGAAAGCCACUAUUGAACAGGCGUCUAAGGGUCCCGACACAAUUGUUUUGGCUUUGCCGCUAAAAACACAACGCAUUGCACUGGGGGACCACCAGCAGCACCAGCAGCAGCUGCUGCUGCUGCACCAGCAGCAGCAGCUGCAGCAGCAGCAGCAGCAGCUAAUCCGCUUCGACGUGGACCCCGCAGUUGGCCGCGAUGUUGCGCUGCAUCACUGUUUUGCUUUUCAAGCAGUUAGGCGGGCUCGACUCGCUCGCUCCACUUUGGACUCAUGGUAUAACACGGGCAACUUGCAGGCACUGCGGGAGACGGUUCAGAACUUCCUAGAAGCGGAGUCGCUGGCGGCGGCGGAGGCGCCGGCUUUGGAAAAAAUGGGAACAACUCCUUGGUCGAUUUUGAACGCGAGAUUUUGA